AUGUAUCUCAGAAUAGGCAUCGAUCACGCGGACAAGCCAUAUCACAGAUUCCUAUGGAGGGGAAUGAAUCAGAACCGUAGUCCCGAUAUCUACGAAUUUGAUAGAGUCGUGUUCGGUGUAAAUUCAUCACCAUUUCAAGCACAGUAUGUCUUACAGCAACACGCACGGGAAAAUCUGAGCGCGUUUCCAUUAGCUGCUGAAACCAUUCUCAAGUCAACAUACAUGGAUGAUUCAAUGGAUUCCGUGGACAACGUGCAACAAGGGAAAAAGCUAUACAACGAGCUAUCGAGUAUGUUGACGCGCGCCGGUAUGCAUGCGAGAAAAUGGCUUUCAAACUCGACCGAGGUUCUAAAAGAGAUACCUAUUGCUGACCGGAAAUCAGAGGUAGAUUUGGAUGACAAACAGUUACCGUCUGCAAAAACGCUUGGUGUGUGGUGGAUAGCAGAACAAGACAUGUUUACAUUCGAAGGAAAUACACCCGAAGAAGGAAUGAAGUACACGAAACGCAACUUCUUAAAAAGGAUCGCGACGUUGUUUGAUCCAAUUGGUUUGCUAGCGCCUUUAACCAUUCGGGCAAAAAUGUUGCUUCAAGAUAUGUGGACAGCCGGAUUGACGUGGGAUGAAAAUAUGGACGAGGAGCUGACCAAUUCAGCACGAGAGUGGUUUGAAGAACUUAGAGAAUUGAGAAGCAUAUCCAUUCCAAGGUGUCUGCGGGCAAAAGACAAAACACUGGAAGCCCUAUCUUUGCACACUUUUGUCGAUGCAUCAGAAAGCGCAUAUGGGGCAGUUGUAUUUGCAAGGUGUACAUAUGAGGACGGUUCUGUUUCUACAAGUCUUAUAUCUGCAAAAACAAGAGUUGCACCAAACAUAUCUACAAGCAUACCUCGACUCGAACUCAUGGGAGCUGUCAUCGGAAUGCGGCUAGCAAAACGAAUUUGCAACGUUUUAGAGUUAAAGCUGAGCACAGUUACAUUCUGGUCAGAUAGUGUCAAUAUUUUGUGGUGGGUAAGAGGUCGUAGUCGACAAUUUAAGCCGUUUGUUGCAAAUAGAGUUGGUGAAAUUCAAAGCGACAGCAAUCCAGAACAAUGGAGAUAUGUUCCAAGCCGUGAAAACCCGGCAGAUCACCUGAGUAGAGGCUGA